AUGAGUAGCAACACAAACGACAUCCCAGGCAACUUCAAAUCGACUCUUCCUCCACGGAAGAGGGCGAAAACCAAAGAAGAAAAGGAACAGAGGAGAAUCGAGCGGAUUUUGAGAAACAGAAGAGCGGCGCACCAAAGCCGGGAAAAGAAGAGACUGCAUUUGCAAUUUCUGGAGAAAAAGGCGACGAUUCUGGAGCGGAUCAUCUCACGGAUCGGAAUCGAGGAGAUUGCGAAUCGUGACGAAGGACUGCGGAACAUGUACGGGGAGUACCAGUCGUUAGUUUCGGAAUUCGAUCCCCAGGCGUCACCGGCCUCUCCCUCGUCACCCCCUUCCAAGAAGUGUGGAGCGGCGACCGAUAUUUCUUCUGUGGGCGCAUCGACGUCCUCUGUACCUAAUUCGGCGAUGUCCACGCCUCCUUCGCUGGUUCCUGGCUCUCCGUUGAGCCAGCAGGAACUGGAGACUGAGGCUGGUGCCGACGUGUCGUUGGGACCUGAGUUCAUCCCGGUGACGGCUUUGAAACAGGUGGACUUCGAUACAAGCUUCGACAGUGGGGUUCCCGGUGCAGACAACUGGAAUCUUCUGCUGACAAAUGACAACGACUAUCAAGUGUAUUCGAACGAGGACGAGUCUCCCAUCAUGGAGAUGACUGAUAAUUCUUGGGCCCUUGACCAUACGCGUAAUCCAGCCGUGAUUACUGUAAUUUAA